UUAAACUCAUGAGAUUGGCGGGAUGCAUCCUUUGCUGAAAUUUGGCGGGAAGUUGACUCUCUGAACGAGGAUGAACUCUUUCGUCAUCACAUGAUGACCACGCGACAAUAUCUUAGACAGAGACAGAGGGUACUACCUUGGGAAUCACGAUAUACCGACACUACCCGAAAAAAACCUGCCUCUGACCCCUCCUUGGGAAGCACCAACCCAAGUUCUGGUGAACACGUUUUGCGUCAUGCGCCACGAGAGUGGAGAGAAUCCUCACGCGAUUUCCCCACCAAAGUACUCUCUGGCCAGAGAGACUCGAGUCAGUCGCUAGCCACAAGUCAUUGAGCAGUGUUGUGCUGCUCCACAAGUCUCUGCCAUUUGCCCAAAUUCAACCAACAUCUAAUCACCUCCCAGAGACUGCCUUUGUGUUUGUGUUAAGUGUUUAAGAGCUUUUGAAUAACGUCUGUGACCUCGUGGUAGCCCCAGUGUUUAGGUGUUUCAGGGAAGAAGGCUUCAGAGGGGUAUUUCCUAGAGGACGUAGGAAGGACCUUCAGGACAAAGACUAAGUUAUUGAUCAGGGAAGAAAAAAGUGCGAGGGUGUGUGAAAGUGGGUGGAAAAAUGCCAUCUGAGAAGACAGUGUAUGAACCCAAUCCGGCUAUCAGUCGGUCGGCCUAUGUGUCCAGCCUGGAGCAGUACAGGGAACUCCAUGAGCAGUCCCUUGAGAAUCCUGCCCAGUUCUGGGGUAACAUUGCCAAGCAAUUUCAUUGGGAAACUCCGGCAGAUCCCGCCAAAUUCUGCCAGUACAACUUUGAUAUCUCCAAUGGACCAGUGUCCAUCAAAUGGAUGGAAGGAGCCUCAACCAAUAUUUGCUACAAUCUCCUAGACAGGAAUAUCAAGAACGGACAUGGAGACAGUAUUGCGUACUACUGGGAAGGAAAUCAUCCAGAUGACUACAGCCGAUUGACGUACAGAAAAUUACUGGAGGAAGUCUGUAGAUUCGCCAAUGUACUUAAGGAGCAUGGAGUUAGAAAAGGCGACAGAGUGUCCAUUUAUAUGCCCAUGGUCUUGGAAUUGCCAGUAGCGAUGCUCGCGUGUGCAAGAAUUGGGGCUGUUCAUUCAAUUGUGUUUGCUGGCUUUUCGUCAGAUUCUCUGGCUGAGCGAAUGAAUGACUGUAAGGCCAAGGUCCUAUUGACAGCUGAUGGAGCUUGGCGAGGAGAGAAAGCUCUUCCCUUGAAAGCUCUCUGUGACGAAGCCCUUGAGAAAUGUGAGACUCUUGGGCACCAUGUUGAUGCCUGCAUUGUUGUAGCUCAUAUGAACAGAGUGACUCCAGGAAAGGAGGGUUUGGACGAGUUGGUAAUUCCCUGGAAUGACGAUCGGGACUUUUGGUGGCAUCAGGAGAUGGAGAAUCAAGAACCAGCUUGCUAUCCCGAAUGGAUGGAAGCUGAAGAUCCUCUAUUUAUGCUCUACACAAGUGGAUCUACGGGAAAACCUAAAGGAGUUCUGCACACAACAGCUGGGUAUUUGUUGUACGCCAGCACAACAUUUAAACUUGUCUUCGAUUACAAACCCGAUGAUAUUUACUGGUGUACUGCAGACAUUGGAUGGAUUACUGGACACACUUACGUGGUCUAUGGUCCUCUUGCCAAUGGAGCCACUUCCGUUAUGUUCGAAGGGACUCCAUUCUUUCCAGACAACGAUCGCUAUUGGCAAGUUGUUAACAAGUACAAGGUUAAUCAAUUCUACACAGCUCCUACAGCCAUAAGGGCCCUGAUGAAAUUCGGGGAUGAACCCGUGAAGAAGCACGACCUAUCAUCACUUAGGGUUUUGGGAAGUGUUGGCGAGCCUAUAAAUCCCGAAGCCUGGCUGUGGUAUUACCGACUCGUAGGCCAGGAAAAAUGUUCCAUUGUAGACACUUUCUGGCAAACAGAAACCGGAGGACAUGUGAUUACUCCACUUCCUGGAGCCACUCCAAUGAAGCCCGGUUCUGCGAGUUUCCCCUUCUUCGGAGUCAAACCCAUCCUUCUGGAUGAAGGUGGCAAGGAAAUUGAGGGCGAGGGUGAAGGAUAUCUGGUAUUCUCUCGUCCAUGGCCAGGAAUGAUGCGUACACUAUUCAACAACCACCCACGCUUUGAGUCCACCUACUUCUCCAAAUUCCCCGGCUACUACUGCACUGGAGACGGUGCUCGUCGUGAUGCCGAUGGAUAUCUGUGGAUUACCGGGCGUGUCGAUGAUAUGCUCAAUGUUUCUGGCCACUUGAUGUCUACGGCUGAAGUUGAGUCUGUUCUCACGAAGCAUUCACAGGUUUCCGAAGCGGCUGUUGUUGCACGACCUCAUCCUGUAAAAGGUGAAUGUCUUUAUUGCUUCAUCACACCAAAUGAGAAUUCGCCAUUUGAUAAGAAACUUGUGGAUGAACUGAAAAAGUUGGUACGAGAGAGAAUUGGACCAUUUGCUCAGCCUGAUGUCAUUCAACAUGCUCCUGGACUUCCUAAGACGAGAUCUGGCAAGAUUAUGAGACGAAUUUUGCGCAAAGUGGCCAUAAAUGAUAGAGAUGUUGGAGAUAUUUCCACCUUAGCUGAUGAAUCUAUUGUUGAGCAGUUAUUCCAGAAUCGCCCCUAAAUUCCCCUGAAUUAAAAGAUCUUAAAUGUAAAAGCCUAGGAUUAGCAGAAACUAAAACAAAACAACACUGAGAAUAAAAUGCAAUAAUGCAAGGACGAGUUGCUAAUUUAACAUUUAAACUAAGUUAUGUUAAGGUUAAAGUCUGUUCUUGGUUGUUUAGGAGCUUUAGGAGAUUUGUGUCUAAGAAUGAGAGAUGUGAUCGAAAGAAUAUAUAAGUUUUGUAUAUUUUUUUUUAAUUAGGUUUCUUUCGUAUUUUGUGAUUAGGAUUUUAAGUGAAUGAGAUUUGUAGAAAUUGAUGAUUUGUGACAUAGGCAUUUUGGUAAUUUUAACAAUGUAAUCUCUGCAAUAAAUUAAAGAAAAUUAAUUUCUUUGCAAAAUCUCGCAAUAAUUCUUUUUGUUUUUUUUUUUUUUUUUGAAAAUUGUGAAAAAAGAAAAUUCCAUUUCAUUUUUCAUCUUUUCUCAAAACGCUAAGAUUUUUUUUAAUGCUGUCUUUGCGCUUAAGAGAAAGUAUCUUAAAGUAACUAUUCCAUUGAUUGCAAACAAAGGAAAUGAAACUAUUUUAGUGUCUAGCGAUAUGCAACAAAAUCUCACAAAGAGAUAAGAAUAAGCAAGAUAAAAAAAAACCUUAUUGGGAAAUUUUAAUGUGUAUUCACAACCGCCCAAAAAAUACAUAUCAUUCCAGCGUGUCUCACUAUUUUUUAUUGGACUCGCUUGGGACAAAUUUUAUUCUUCAGAAGACGUAAAUAUUGCUAUUUACAUUUAGAUAUUUGUUUCUUGUUGCUGGCUUAUCAUUCACAUUUUAGAGUGAAAGGAGGAGAAUACAAAAAAAACACUAAAUAUUUAACUUUAAAAAAGAAAUGUUCAGAGAAAAGAAAUAUCUAAUUGUUGAACAGGAAAUAUACACAAAAAAAGAAUUAUAUUUAGAAAAUGGAAAAAAAAUAUUAAAUGUGUUGAAGAAAGAUAAUAUAUUAAAAGAUUAUCUCGCAAAA